AUGACCAUGCACAUAAACAUAAAAGCAACCGAUUCCCACUCUGCCCUUGACAACGAGUGGAGACUGAUCGCUUAUCUCGUGACCUGGAUUCAGGAAGCUACUGCAGGUUAUCGUCUUCAUUACAUAAUUUUCCCAACAACAUGUACAAUAGCCAUUAUAUCUGAGUUUGUGUUUUUGAGUUGCAAUAUUGCACUGGAAGAAGAGAUGCCAGAAAUAGAAGAUGGCUUUGGAGACAGAAAAUUGAGAGUUAUAUGGAGUCGACAUGUGAUGACAUUCUGGGGAAAUUUCCGUUUAAAAAUGACCAAAAAGUGGCCAAAAUCGCUAACAAAUCCAGUCGUAAACAUGGCCAUGGCGGAGCUUAGGCUGAACAGAUUGCAAGUCUUAAGAAAUCACCUAUCUCUCCACAAUAGGAGAGUUGGAGAGGGUUCAGAUGCAUUUGGAAAGGGGAAAGUGAAUAUUUGUCCAUUUCCAUCUUCAGCAACUAGCCAGAUGCUGAAGACGGAACUGGAAAAGAUCGGCGUGAAUGAUGUAGAAGUGGAACCAUCACCUCCGGGUCUGGAAGAGGAAUAUAGUCAGAUUCUCACACCUCCUGCCAUUAGAUUUGUUGCUGAUCUUACGAGACAGUUCAGUAACCAAGUAGAUUUGAUGUUGAAGCAGAGGAUGAAGAAAAAAUUGGAAUUAGACAUCACUGGCAACAUACCGUUCUUCCCUGACAAUCCAGAGAUAAGAGAAGAUUGGAAUGCACAGUCCCAGAAGAAUUAUGCGAUUGACUUUUUCCAUCAAACAUGA